AUGGGUAUAAAAGAAGCUAAUAUUUAUUUAGAUAAUCAAUGGAACACGUAUUACGCUGGCCAAACCAUCAAUGGAAGAAUAGAAUAUGUGUUUGAUAGUCCUAAAAAAGUGCGAGGUAUCCAUGUCAAGUUUAAAGGAGAAGCUCACACGGAAUGGUGUGAAAGUAGAAAUCAAGAAACUUCCGAUGGGAAGACAGAAUCGACUGAUACCAUGCACACUGGACAUGAGGAGUACUUCCAAGUCUCAUACUAUUUGCUGGGAAGCAAUUCAGGAAAUGAAAUAGAAAUCCCAGCUGGUAAGCAGGUGUACAACUUCACUUGUGCCUUACCUCCUGUUUUACCUUCAUCCUUCGAGGGCCAAUAUGGAUAUGUCAGAUAUACCAUCAAGGUGACCCUGGACCGGCCCUGGAAGUUCGAUCAAGAGACAAAAAUGGCUUUUACUGUGAUUAAUGCAUUUGAUUUGAAUCUCAACCCUUCUUAUAAGGAACCAAUUCACAUUCAACUAGAGAAGACAUUCUGUUGCUUCUGUUGUGCGUCGCCUCCUUUGUCAGUUGACGUUCAAGCUCCUGUCUCAGGAUAUGUACCUGGUCAGAAGAUACCUAUAAGAGUGGAAGUAGACAACAAGAGUAAUGUCCAACUACAUCUCGUUAAGGUCUUCUUGAGAAAGGUGGUAACAUACAGAGCUACAUCACCUACAAAUCAAACGAAGAAGAUCAAAGAUGUAGUGCUAACUAUACAAGAAGGGCCAGCGCCUGCGGGAACGACGAAGAGUUGGGACUUAACUAUGGAAGUACCGCCGAUACCUCCGUCCGAUCUAGUCAACUGUAACAUCAUUGAUUUAGAUUACGAUUUUAAGGUGGAGUGUGUAGUAUCGGGUAUGCAUUUGAACAUGAGUGGCAAGAAAUACAUCGCCAUCGGAACUGUACCGUUAGUCGGUAUGGUGGGCCAAGUGGCGCCCUCUGCACCACUGCCAAGUAACGCAGAAACUGGAGAGACGAGUCCGGGCUCGCCUAGUCAGCCAGCUGUGUUGCCCGUCAGUCCUGGAUCGCCUAUAAUGCCUUCAGCUCCAGGCGGUGAAGCAGCUCCUGGAGGCUGGGUGAUGCCGGGAGCACAGCCCGUGCAGCCGCCAUAUCAAACAUUGUACCCGACUUUAACUACACCAGUUUACAAGGAAUCUCCAUACCAAGCGCGUACAAUUCAGGAGAGGGGGGAAUCAAAUCACAUGUUGAUCAGAGGUCAAAGUAACUUCGCCCCUUACUAUCCUACUUACGCUGCCGUCCAACCGCCGCCAUUACCUCAGUAA